AUGGCUUAUAAAGAGACUGUGAGCACCUUGAAGGACAUGUAUUCAUCCUUGACUGAUGAUUAUGUUCAUCAUGACAGUCAGAUGAAGAGUGAAAAUGAGAAGCUCCAAAGAGAACUGGAGCAACAGAAACUCAAAGAAAGAGAGUGGGAACAAAAACUUAAGGAAUUGGAGGACAGAUUAAGGCAGGAGAAAGGUCUGAGUAGCAGAGAGAAGGAACUGGAGUCCAAAGAGGGAGGAACGACAAAGAAAGAGCAAGAAAUCCAAACUACUGGAGAAGAGCAUAAUCUACACAGCAACGUAGAGCUAACUUCUCCUGGGUUAUCUCAAGAACAACGCAGACCUCUAGAUGAAAGAGGAGAGUUGAGCAAAGAUGAAGAUUCACAUGACAGUGAAUCACUUGAGUUUGGAAAACCUGUGAGACGCAACAGCAACCAAUUCGCGCCACCUUAUA